AUGGCUGUCCAAAUGCUUGGUCAAAAUAAGAAACUUGGAGAAGUUGUCACUUAUGGCACAGACCUAUUCUUCUACAAGGUGACGCUCUGGCGAGUACACUUUGCCUCAUCGGCUCAUAUCACCCCCGAGACAGGUCACGAACGGUCACUCACUCAGAUCAAAUUCAACAGAGAGGGCGAUCUCUUGUUCACAUGCUCGAAGGAUCUCGUCAUCAACGUAUGGUUUUCGCACAACGGAGAGCGGCUUGGGACAUACGAUGGUCAUAAUGGAACUGUUUGGACCGUAGACGUUGACUCUGAAUCAAGAUUCAUGGUAUCGGGCUCCGCCGACAACAUGCUCAAGCUAUGGUCAGUUGCAACAGGCAAAUGUCUACACACUUGGGAGUUCCCGACUGCUGUGAAACGGGUAGCGUUCAGCGAGGACGACCGACAGGUCGUAUGCAUCACCGAGCAGAGAAUGGGGUACCAAUGCGCAAUUCGCGUGUUCGACAUCAACAGAGAGGGCGAUGGAACAAAACCUAAUAAUGAAACAGAAUCGAAGGAACCAUUGUACAUGUUCAACCCCAUAGGUUCAAAAGCAACAGUGUGCGCCUUUACUCCGACGCCCAAUGUCAUCGUUACCGGCCACGAAUCCGGCAAGGUCGCUUUAUUCAACGUAAAAUCAGGAGAGGAAAUCGAAAACAACGAACGAGCUCAUAUGGAUGUUGUGACCGACCUACAACUCAGCAAGGAUGGCACUUACUUCAUUACAUCGAGCAAAGAUAAAACUGCACGUAUACACGACAUCAAAAGCCUCAUGGUCAUCAAGACGUUUUCAACUGAGACCCCACUGAAUAGUGCAGCCCUCGCACCCAACCUUCCUUAUGUGCUUCUAGGGGGUGGUCAAGAGGCCAUGAGCGUAACGACUACCUCGCUUCGUCAGGGAAAGUUUGAGACAAGGUUCUGGCACAAGGUCUUCGAAGAGGAAGUUGGCCGUGUAAAGGGUCAUUUCGGUCCUGUAAACACAAUUGCCGUGCAUCCAGCCGGGACAUCUUAUGCAUCCGGAGGAGAAGACGGAUUUGUUCGAGUGCAUCAUUUCGACGAGUCGUAUUUCAGAGCGAAGCCAUAUGGAGAUCUUGUAAUAGAAGACUGA